GUCACAUUUAUGAUCAUAGCAGCUGUUUUCUUACAGAUGUGGAUCUGAGAAGAAAUGAAUGAGUUCAGUACUUUUCUGAACUGUGACAACAUGUAUAAUAUUCGAGUUAAAAAUGGCUCACUAUUUGGCAGACUCCUCCUCUCACAGCUCUUACCAGGAAGAGACUGACGUGUCAUCUUAUCUCCUUUCUGAGAAACUGACUCUCUUCUCUACUGACAAAAACAAUAAAGAUUCAUCGCCGAAGAACCAAGAGAAACUCUUUCAAAAAGGAAUUGUGUUUAGUUUAUUUCUGAACAGACAGACUGAAGAUCUUUGUGAUUCCAGUGAAUCAUUUUUCAAACGGACUUCAUCCAGAAAGUGAAAGUAAAGGUUAGAUUGUUGCAGCUCAAAGAGAAAACAAUGGCUUCACAGUCUGAAGAAGAUUAUAUCUGUCCUGUUUGCUGUGAUAUCUUCAAGACUCCUGUGUUUCUGUCAUGCAGUCACAGUGUCUGUAAAGAGUGUCUCCAUCAGUUCUGGAGAACCAAAGGAACUCAGGAGUGUCCCGUCUGCAGGAGAAGAUCCUCAAAACCUGAUCCUCCAGUUAAUCUAGUGUUAAAAAACCUGUGCGAGUCGUUCCUGAAGGAGAGGAAUGAGGUUCGUUCAUCAGGAUCUGAGGAGAUCUGCAGUUUACACAGUGAGAAACUCAAGCUCUUCUGUCUGGAGGACAAACAGCCGGUGUGUUUAGUGUGUAUUAACUCACAGAAACACGACAAUCAUAAAUUCAGACCCAUCGAUGAAGUGGUUUCAUCAUAUAAGGAGGAGAUCAAUACAGCACUGCAAACAUUACAAAGAAAACUGAAACACAGUGAAACAAUGAAAGGAGAGUUUGAGGAAACAGUUGAAAAUAUCAAGUCUCAAGCUGAUCACACAGAGCGUCAGAUUAAACAGCAGUUUGAGACGCUUCAUCAGUUUCUCAGAGAUGAAGAAGAAGCUACAAUCACUGCACUGAGAGAGGAAGAGGAGCAGAAGAAGCAGAUGAUGAAGAAGAGGCUGGAGGAGAUCAACACACACAUCUCAGCUCUUUCACAGUCAAUCAGAGACAUGGAGGAGAUGAUGAACGCCAGUGACGUCUGCUUUCUGAAGAAGUUUCCAGUCUCGAUGGAAAGAGUCCAGAUCUCAUCACAGCCGGAUCCACAGACUCCUUCUGGAGCUCUGAUUCAUGUGCCACGAUACUUGGGAAACCUGCUCUUCAGAGUCUGGAAGAAGAUGCAGGACAUCGUCCAGAACAUGUCAGAAAGACGAUUAGUGCUGCUGGGAAGAUCUGGUGUUGGGAAGAGUGCAGCUGGAAACACAAUACUGGGACAGAAAGAGUUCAGAUCUGAGAUAAGUGUGACUGCAGUGACCUGUGAAUGUUCAUCUGUUCACGCCACUGUUUCAGACAGAUCUGUGACUGUAGUUGAUACUCCUGGAUUAUUUCACACAGACAUGAUCCAAGAAGACUUAAUGACAGAGAUCAUGAAGAGUGUUGAUUUGUCCAGUCCUGGACCACACGCUUUUCUCUUUGUGUUUCCUGUGAAUCUGAGAUUUACUGAACAUGAUCAGCGGAUUCUUGAGCAGACUGAGAUGAUGUUUGGUCAGGAGGUGUUAAAAUACUCCAUCAUUCUCUUCACUCAUGGAGAUCUACUGAAAGGAAAGUCCAUUGAGGAUCUCAUUAAGAGGAACAGUCGAAUGAGACAUCUAGUUCAAGAGUCUGGAGACAGAUAUCACGUCUUCAACAAUGAAGAUGAGAAUAACAGAGAGCAGGUGACAGAUCUGCUGGAGAAGAUUGACACAAUGAUAGAGAAGAACAGAAGAGGAUAUUACAGUAAUCAGAUGUAUGAAGAUGCUCAGAGAAGAAGAGAGGACACCAGAAGAGGACGAGGAGAGAAAACAGCACCAAAUCGGGAGCUGUUAAAAUACUCCAUUCACAGAGAUCAUCUACACGAGACGCUCACGCAGGAGAAGAGUAGAUUAAGACAGAUUCACAUCUUCACUAUCAGAGAUCACAUCUGA